UGUAUGUACAAAAAAGCCCAUCCGGGAUCUUCUGCUUUCCAAAAGCAGCGGGACGCUUGCUAGAGGCUCAGUGGCACUUUCUGGCUAGGGUCUAGCAGCUGGCUCCGAUAGAAUUGCCUACCAUUUACUUAGAGGUCCGGUAUUAAUCUUACCAUAAAUAUAUAGAAAAAGGAGAAGGUCGCUGCAACGAACGCAACCACGAAAUUGUGUAUCCGCCGUCUUUGAACCUGUCUCGAUCGCUGUACGAUAGCUUACCGCGCGAACCCUCUUCUCUUGCUCUAAGUGGACGAGUUGAGCAGAGUAGGAAUAUAUUGGAGGAGACAGCUGGGCUGUCGGUGCUACAAUUGUAAUAGCGGGAUGUAAUGGGGCCUUCAGAGAAUAUGUCUCCCGAGUCUUCCUCACUAUUUCCUGACCGGCCUAUUCGACCUCUUCCGAAACGUCGACUACGUGAACGACUUUCUCCAGAUGUCGCUGAUAGCAUUCAAUACCCCCCCGCGCCUCAAACUUCAGCGCCCCUGUUUGUCUAUCCAUAUAAUGCCAAGGAAGAUUUGGCGUCGUUAGGCGCCGAGCCUCUAAGUGUAGCACAUCGAGAGAAUGCAGCUGAAUUAGGGCAAGAAGCUGGUCUCCGUAGAAACGGCCUAGGUAACGAAAACGACGGUCAUUCACUAAUUGGACAAGCUCGGAGAGCUUUCGUAUCACGACCCCUCCACGAUUCGCCAGGACAUGCGACUCGUGCCCCUCUACGACAGGGUCAAUCUCGACAACCAAAUCCGCAGCCACCGCCUUCUACUGCGUCCUCCGCAGACGGUUACGAUUCCUUUGAGAAUACUAACAAUAAGAAGAAGAGGAAAAUUCCAACUGCUGGUGAGACGAUUUUGAAUGGGACGCACGUGUUGAAUGAUCUUGGAGCGCUAGGAGUAUCAUCGCCCGUAGCAACAGGCAACGAAGGAUCUUUAGAUAUUUCUGGAUCAGCUUCUGCAGCUUAUUAUCAAUCUGGUGGUCUUGCAACGGGCGGGCAAGGAAUUUCCGGCCCCGGCAGAGGUAGGUACGGCCGGGUACGCAAUGGUAGGAGCCCAUUAAGAACCCUGUCAGACCCGAAUGGCAACUGGGGAAACCGGACCCCUAAUAAACUCAGACCAGGUGGUGUACAAUAUUCAUCGCCGCCUGCAGGCGAGAAUUCCGGGAUUAUCUCCAGUGCUAUCGCCAGUGCAGAGAAGCUUCAGGUACCCCAAGGCCAAGAAAAUAUCAGUCUUUUACACCAAGAAACAUCUACGAAGUCUAGUCCAACCUCAUCAGCACAGUUUACCUUCACGUUUGAUUCCCAAAACCCUGUUUCUUGGCCUGGCUCUGAUCCGGCGCCGUCAAAUAUGGGGCCCUCAAACCAUAUGAACCAGUCUCAUUCGGACUCUCGAGACUCGUACAAUGGUCUUGGUGCUAGAUCUCAAAAUGGAUCAGGCCCGCCCCCGAACAGGCCAGGAAGCAUGCAGGGAGGAAUCAACGCAGCAACCAACGAAGCAGGCAAAGGAGCAGCCCAGGGUAAUGUGCCACCGAAGAAAUCGAAGCGUCGCGGCAACUCCCUCUUGCAGGCGGCCAAACAACGCCGUAAAGAAACAGAAUUCCAGAAUUUCCACCACCCACCGGCUCCAGAGGAUAUUUGGAUAUGCGAAUUCUGCGAGUACGAACGGAUCUUUGGCCGUCCACCUGAAGCCUUGAUUCGGCAAUACGAGAUCAAAGACCGCCGACGACGCCGUGAAGAAGCAGAGCGGCGUAGGUUAUUGGAGAAGGCGAAAAUGAAGUCGCGCAAAGGCAAGAAGGCAGGCAAAACGCCAGCGAAGAAUAACUCCAAUGCCCCUGAUCGCAACCUCGCGUCUACGGCUGGACACGCUCCUCCUCCUCGACCUCAUCUAAAUGAUCAUGAUGAAGAUCGGGGUCUGCACCAAGGUCAAAUCCACGAAGAAGAUCAAGAAAACGGUUAUGAUUUUGAGGAUCACUACGAAGAAGAGGGACUGGAAGUAGAUAUGCCUAGUCAUCCACGAGCACGCGGUAAUAAGGGUGGUGGAGGAGUGGAUAGUAGUCUUCAAGGCUUCUACGUGAGCCAGUGACAAGUGUCCGACUCUUGUCUUCGAUUGGUUGGACUAUUCGGUAUCCCAGCAUUGAUAGCGUGUGUCACGGUCGCCUUCUCAACUCCUAUCGCAUUUUCGAAACACUUCUUUCGCAUCAGUUCUCUAGGAGCACCAGCCUAGAUACGUCAUCUGCCCGGAGUUUGAAUCCCAAGUGUCGUUUCUCGCCUUAAUAUUGUUCGACUCGUAUGUUUCUCGCAACCCAAGGCCAUCUAUCAACCGUGAAGUCUCGUCGUAGCGCUUCAAUUCACCUUUUCCAACCCCGGAAGAAUAGUAGCCACGCAGCGGAGGGUAAAUCAUUCUUAUGAGCUAGACCAAGCGAGCAUCCACGAGGGUGGCGUCUACAGCCGAGAAUCAUUGUCAAUAUCUCUAGAUCAUCAAAAAUGCACGUAUCGUGCUAUGAUUAGUACCCCUUUUAAGCGCUGUCAUUAGAAAUGCCUCGGGGCGUAUAGACCAGAUAGAUCAUAAGAGACUAUCGAUCACAUGCAUUGGCUUAUUUUUAGUUCACUCUGUGCUCUUGCUUCAUGGGCAUAUGCAAUAUGCUUGGCUUCUGUAGUUCCAAUGCCAUAGAUCUUUUGUCUACCCAUUAAUAUUAAACAAACUUGGGUAAUAGUCUACCUAAAGGGCAAGAUGAAUUAAAG